UCAAACAUGGCUGCGGCGGACGACAUCUCAUGCUCUACGCCGAACAGAUAACACAUUCACCGACCUCUUGGGGAGAUCUACCAUUUCGAUCGAAGACUUUAAGACUUUACAAUAAAGAAAUCAAGACCCUCUUUCUACAAAAAUGGCUUCCGCAGAAAGUGACGUUCCUGUCGAAAUGCAAGACAGGGGGAAAUGGUAUGGAGAUGCUGUAGAUUACUGGAAAAAUAUUCCUGCAACUGUCAACGGGAUGCUUGGAGGUUAUGGCCACAUCUCACCAACGGACAUCAAAGAUUCGAAGAGGUUUCUGAAAAAUUUUCUGGACCUUUCAGAUAAGCAGGAUGAGAAUAAACCAGCUAAGAUAAGGCGUAUUGAGCCCUCGUCAACAGAGGACACUUCUAUAAACCCAAAAAUAAAGCCAUUUAUAGCCCUUGACUGUGGUGCUGGAAUUGGUCGUGUCACAAAGAACUUGCUUUUACCCUUGUUCAACACUGUGGAUAUGGUGGAGCAAAAUGCUGAUUUUCUAGAAGAAGCAAAAGUUUUUCUGGGAGACAAAAAGGAUCAAAUUGGAAAAUUUUAUCCACUAGGUCUCCAGGAUUUUAAACCUGAACCAGGGCGGUACAGUAUCAUUUGGUGUCAGUGGGUGCUAGGGCAUUUGACAGACGAUGAUUUUGUGGAUUUUUUCAAGCAAUGUCAGCUGGGGCUCAUGCCAGGUGGUUUAAUAUGUGUCAAAGAAAAUGUCACAAAGGAUAGUAUUGAAAUGGAUGCUGAGGACAGCAGCGUAACCAGGUCUGAUAAAAAACUCAGAGAAUUGUUCUCUAAGUCUUCACUGACUGUGAUCAAGGAUGAAGUACAGAAAAACUUUCCAACAGAGCUCUAUGGUGUCAAAAUGUAUGCCUUGAGACCAAACUUGUGAUACUUAAAUAGUCAGCUUUCAAGCAUAUGAUUCAUAUCACAGAAGUGGAAAGCCAGGCUUCAAAAAUGUUAAACCAGUUUGAUAAUCUUUUUCUUUGACUACAUUUUAUUCAUGUUCAUAAUCUGGAACUAAAGAAAGGUGAUCAAACUGAUGUAGUUUGAAAACUGUUGACCAUAGUAAGAUCUGAAUUAUAUCAACAAAGUAGCACACACUGGCCGAUAAAUUUGAUAUUUCUCAUCGCCAAUUUACUUGAUAAUAUGGUGAGAUUGUUAAGAGAAGUUACACAUUAGUCACUUUGAGCAAUAGGAUUACCAGCCACUGGUGGAGCCAUAUCCACUGUAACCUCCUCUCAAUAGGAGCCAGGUUUCAAUUGAUGAUGUUGAGUGACUAGGGACCUUAAGCAAACCACGACGGCGACGGCAACGAGGACGUGGAAAAACAAGAGAUCUAAUUGGCAGA